AUGUCCAAAUUUCAAGUCGGCAUUUUAACCUUCUUGGUUUUGGCUAUCCACACGGUAUACGGACAAAAUACGACAACCGUCAAUAAUGGCGUCAUUACUUUUAGCCAACUACCAACCAUUGGGACUACUCAAUCCAAUCCCAAUGAUUAUGUACCAGAAUCCAAUUUAGCCACCUUAUAUGCUAUGGCAAAAGGCUUUACCAAUGCCCUCAUUCCUGGUCAUCUACCCUAUACGUUCAUGGUCGGUAUCCUCAGCAAUUUACAAACUCCUAAUGACAUCUUAACCUAUGUGACGACAAAUUAUCAUUCGUUAACCUCAAAAGAAGUUGGUUUACUCGCUUGUGUGGCUAUCGGACUCCUAAUUGGUGUUCUUAUGCCUAUUGUUGGAUUAAUAUUUUGUUGCUGUCGAAUGUGUGGUAAAUGUGGUGGUGCCAUGGUUCAAACCCAUAAAAAGAGAUCUCAUUGCUACUGCUAUACCAUCUUCUUGGCCAUUUUUGCUUCUAUUGCCUUGGCCGGAGGAAUACUCAAUAUUCUCACUGAUAAACAUAUCAUGGCCACCGUUCCAUAUGUUAAUGGUGUCGCUCAAGAAGCGAUAAGUGAUCUCAACCGAUGGAAAAACACAGCUACCGCGCAAAUUGAAACCUUAGCUGGACCUCAAUUAAACUAUACAGCGGAUCUUGUCAAAGCUGACUUAGGAGAUGCAGCCGUCAGAAGUGAAUUAGGUGCACCCCUCCAAGUCGCUGUGGAACCUCAUGCAGAUUCUUCUAUCGUAACUGUUACUAAUAUAUCGAAGACUGUUAACGAUACCGCUGACGAACUCAAUGCCAUCAACGCUAGGAGGACUCAACUUGUAGCAUUGCAAACUUCAUUAACUAAUGAAGUCAACAAGGCAAAGACUGAUUUAAAUUCGGCCAUAAGUGAUUGCAAUACACUUCCAGGCAGUCCCUGCAGUGACAUCGAUACCUCAGUAAUCAACGUCAAUGUUGAUUAUGGAACGUUACCAAGUAUCGAUAGUCAAAUCGCAGAAGUCCAGAAAGUAAGAAAUCUUGGCCUAACAAAUAUGGCAUCACAGGCUCAAAGUGAAAUUAGGAAUUUGCCUGACACAGUGGUAACACAAACAAGCGCCACUCGAAGCAGUGUUGUCACUAGUGUUAAUACACUACAAUCGCAAGCUGGAUCUCAAGUUGCAACCAUCACUCAACCUAUUAAAAAUAUUGAUUUUAGCACUUUUUAUACUCCAAUCGCUAAUGCUCUGAAUGGCAUUACCAAUUCCGAUGCCUAUAAAUACGCGGAAUACGGCUUAAAUGGGUUCGCUGGACUUUUAAUCUUACAAGCUGGUUUGAUUAUGUUGGCAUUGCUUUUGGGUGGAUUAUCUUACAAGGAUGAUGUACCUUCAAUAAAGCGAUCAACUACAUCCAAUAUCGCUGGCUAUCUCCUUAUGGCAGCUGCUGGCUUGAUUAUCAUAUUUUCGUUCCUGUAUUGCUUUGUUGCCAUUACCUUAUUGACAAUUGGAGCUAAUACAGAGAAAGCCUGUCAAGGUCUUCGUGAUAAUUCAUUCUUUUCUCAGGUUGCCGACGCUCGUUUACCUGGCGGCAAAACUGUUUUAGAAAGCUUAAUUAAUCCUUCUAAUGCUAAUAAUCCAACCACUCAAUUAUUCUCUGGUAUCUCCGCUGCAGGACUUAUAUCUGCAUGCCAGCAGAACAGAGCAUUGUACACUGCUCUAAAUUUAUCCAAAAGUGCUAAUAUUGCCAAUAUUGUUGAAGGUGGUUUGGUUAAUACCAUCAAUAAAGCAAAAGUAACAUUCAACAUAUCAGACUAUGCGGAUACCCUGACUGCAAAAGCCGAACAAAUUCGGCAAGUUCCUCAUCCUACUGCCAUGAAUACCUCUCUUCAAUUAUUGGUAACAAAUAAAGCUAAAUUAUCGACUCAAAUUACCAGUGUCAAAGAUGCUGUUAUUAACUGGAAUAGCUAUGUCGCUAAUACUUUGCCUAAUACAGUCGCUGGAGUGAUUAAUACUUUCAAGAACAAGCUUUUUGGCUACGUUAGACAGUAUUCGUCUCAUUUAAGCAGUGAGAUGAAAAAUAGUGUUGGACGAUGUCAACCAGUCUACAACGCUUACGCAUCUUUGGCUUUGAAAGCAGCUUGUGGUUACGGUAUUGAUGGUCUGAGUGGUUUCUGGUUCGCUCUAUGCAUGUGCGUUGGAUGUUUUAUACCCAACUGUAUCUUAUCUAUUAAAUUGGCGAAAUACUUCAGAAGGAUGAAGACAGAAUUUUUCACUUCCAAAAAUGCAAAACAAAUGUUCGAAAAUAGCCCUAACAAGGAUAACGUUCAACUCAAAAACUAUAAAGGCAAUAAGGUUGGACCCUCAGGACCCGUUGCUGAAAAAGUCCCACCACCGCCUGGAUACAAAGCUAACGGUCAUCGUGGUCCACCACGCCCGCCAAUGAAACGAAGUUCUGGUCACAAAGUUCCUAUCGCUUACUAA